UCAUUAGUAUAUAAAAUGGAGGGUGAUUUAUCUUACAAAAACUUCCUUCUAGAGUUUCUUCUGCUUUCUCUGGCUGUUGUAAGCACAGUGGGGCACGGCCAAGGCACACGUGUAGGGUUCUAUUGGAGUUCAUGUCCUCGUGCUGAGUCCAUUGUUAGGUCCACCGUUGAAUCCUACGUCAGGUCUAACCCUACUUUUGCUGCUGGGCUACUUAGGAUGCACUUCCAUGAUUGCUUCAUUAGAGGUUGUGACGCUUCUGUCCUCAUUGCUGGCUCUGAUACCGAGAGAUCAGCGGGGCCAAACCGUAAUUUGAGAGGCUUCCAAGUAAUUGAUGAUGCAAAGGCAAAGCUCGAGGCUGCGUGCCCUGGUGUUGUGUCCUGUGCUGAUAUUCUUGCCCUUGCUGCUCGUGAUUCCGUUGUUCUGAGUGGUGGAAAGAGUUGGGAAGUGCCCACUGGACGCAAAGAUGGAAGGAUUUCAAUUGGAACAGAAACGAAUACUUUGCCUGCUCCUAAUGAUAGCAUUGCAGUGCAGAAGCAAAAGUUUUCUGAUAAGGGUCUUAACACCCAGGAUCUCGUCCUUCUUGUUGGUGGGCAUACGAUAGGUACCACUGCAUGCCAAUUCUUCGCAGACAGAAUAUACAACUCAAAUGGCACUGAUCCUUCAAUUGAUCCUUCUUUUCUUCCAUUUUUGCGACAAAUUUGCCCACAAAACCAACCAACGAAGCGAGUUGCACUCGACACCGCAAGCCAAUUCAAAUUCGACACAUCUUACUUCGCUAACCUUAAGAGAGGUCGUGGAAUUCUCCGUUCUGAUGAAGUGCUUUGGACCGAUGCUUCUACGAGAAACUUUGUUCUGAAAUUCUUAGCCACGGGUCCCUUCAACAUCGAAUUUGGCAAGUCUAUGGUGAAGAUGGGCAACAUUGCUGUGAAGACAGGUGCUGAUGGAGAAAUUCGCAAGAAAUGUUCUGCUGUUAAUUAGUUAAUUAAUAAUCAUGUAGCUCAUAAUAAUACUCAUCUUUCCAUGUGGCGUUUAGAUAAUCUAUAUGUUUGGAGGUGAUAAUAUAAACAUUUAUGUGCCUUCUUCCUAUAGAAAAUAAAUAUAAAGCUCACGAAAUACUUUAUCU